UGCUGCGACGUCCUUCAGGACCGACCUGGGCGGCAGAAGGGCGCUGGCUGGGCGUGGGUGCUGGUUCCUCCAUGGAGGAGGCACCUCAGGGCCGAUGGUCUGGGCUCGUGUUAAUCCGGAGGCAAAGGAAAGGAGAGGGGCCGGUGGUCUGGGUUCCAACAGGUUCAUUGUCAGAGGGUCCAGCAGCCAGAAAAAGGCACCGAGGGGCUUUCUCUUUCCGUUUUAUAGGGGCUGGAAACCGGCGGGGAAAGGGAAGGAAACCAAUGCGAUACCAGCCAGGGGGAGGAUACAAUUCAACAAGAACCAGUGGGGGAACCGGGAGAUACAACAGGGAGCCAAUGAACCACAGAAUAACAGAGAACUCUCUCGAACAGGGCGAGGCGGUUUGGAGCCGGGUACUGCCCAGGGGGACGUGGCUUAGGCUUCUGUGCCACCCAUCGACCCUCCCUCAUAGUCACUGUCCUGGGUGGGGAAAUCCACCCAAGGGAGAGCCCUGAACUGAUUGGCAUUCAACUCCCCCAGCCCAGCCGUGGGCUGGGUCACAGCAACAUCCAGUGAGCGCAUGGUGCCAACCGGGAGAAGGAAGAGAAGGAUUUGCCUGGAAGAAGGGACUUGGUGUUCUCCUCCUCAGCCAGGUGCUGCUCCCAGCCAAAGGAGGGAAGAGGUGCCAAGGACAGGAAAUCAAAAUGUUGGUGCUGUCGAACAACACGGCGCUGAACCUGCUCCUGUCCAAACUGCUCCAGGACUACCUGGAGCAGACCAACAGCUCGGCUCCUUCGCAGGUGAGGAGCGCCAGCAACAACCUGGAGAUCAUCUACGUGCUGCUGAUGGUGGGGCUGUUCGGCUUCUUCACCGUGGGGGUGAUGGUGACCAACCUGCGGGCGCGGCGCCUCGAGGGGCCCUGCGACCCCUACAACACCUACAUCGCCACCGACGCCUGGCACCAGAGGGACAGGGAGUACUUCCAGGCCAAGGUCAUCGAGAAUUACAAGCUCUGCUGUGUCCUGGAGAACCAGCUGGCCGUGGAGCAGCCGGGCACAAAGAUCCCUGAGGAGAAAUCUUCCUAGGGAAAGGGGGAAAAGGGUUGUGCGUGGCACGGGGACGAUGUGAGCGAUGCCUGCUGUGGGCCGGGGAGCUGCUGGCCCUUCUGCAGAGCCACAGGCCUGGGCCAGGCUGAAGAAGCAGCGAUGGUGAAGCUGAUGGAUCUGGGAUAUCCCAGUGCUGCCCCAGCGCCCGGCACCGGCAUCUUCUUGGAAUCACUGUGAGGCCAACAGCGGGAUACACACGGAAUAUCAUGGACUCAUCAGCUUCACCUACUGAGACAGGGCCUCAGUCUGGAGGAGGGCAGGGAUAGGUGGGAUUUUGGGAAAAAAUCCUGCCCUGGGAGGGUGGGCAGGCCCUGGCACA